UAGUACACUGGAAUUCAUAGUCAGAAGUGCUUUUUAAAGCAACACUACUAUUACUGGAGGAGUUUUAAUCAUAUACAGUUGGGAUUCUCUAGCAUGUUGCUCUUAAUCAACGUCAUUCUAAUCUCGUGGGUAUCCAUUGUUUGGGGACAAGUGGGAUUAUGUAAUUCUCCAAAAAUAAAACAUGGUAUUCUAUAUGAGGAAAACAAAUAUAAGCCACUUUUUCCAGCUUCUACGGGACAAUUUUUCUAUUACUCCUGUGAAUAUAGUUUUGUGUCUCCUUCAAAAUCUUUCUGGACUCGUAUAACGUGCACAGAAAAAGGAUGGUCACCAACACCAAAGUGUCUCAGACUGUGUUUCUUCCCUUUUGUGGAAAAUGGUCGUUCUGCUUCUUCAGGAAAAAUACACCUGGAAGGUGACACUGUUCAAAUUGCUUGUGAUAAAGGCUACAGCCUUCAAAACAAUGAGAACAACAUUUCAUGUACAGAAGGUGGCUGGUCCACUCCUCCAAAAUGCAGUUCUAUCAAUUCUAACGGAAAAUGUGGGACCCCUCCACCUAUUGCAAAUGGAGACAUUACUUCAUUCCCAUUAGCAGUCUAUGCUCCAGGUUCAUCAGUUGAAUAUCAGUGUCAGAACUUAUAUCAGCUUCAGGGUAACCGGCGAAUAACAUGUAGUCAUGGACAGUGGUCAGAACCACCAAAAUGCUUAUACAGCUCCUGUGCGAAUCCACCCACAGUGGAAAAUGCUAAAAUAAUGACAAGACAGAGGAUUAGGUAUCCAAAUGGUGAGAGGGUGCGUUACAAAUGUAAUGAACCUUUUAAAAUGUUUGGGGAAGUAGAAGUAGUGUGUCUAAACGGAACCUGGACAGAACCACCUCAAUGCAAAGAUUCUAAAGGAAAAUGUGGGACCCCUCCACCUAUUGCAAAUGGAGACAUUACUUCAUUCCCAUUAGCAGUCUAUGCUCCAGGUUCAUCUGUUGAAUAUCAGUGCCAGAACUUAUAUCAACUUCAGGGUAACAGGCAAAUAACAUGUGGUAAUGGACAGUGGUCAGAACCACCAAAAUGCUUGGAUCCAUGUAUAAUAUUGGAAGAAAUCAUGGAAAAAUAUAACAUAACAUUAAGGUGGCGAGACAGAGGAAAGCUUUACUGCAAAUCUGGUGAAGAGGUUGAAUUUAUGUGUAAAUUUGGCUAUCGCCCAGCAACAUCUCACCCCUUUCGAGCAAUGUGUCAGGAUGGGGAACUGGUGUAUCCCAGUUGUAGUUAAGUCCCUGACUAACAUUUAUUUCUCUUUUUAAAAUGCACACCUUUACGACUUCUCAAUUUUGUAUAAGUAUUUUUUAACUCGUUUUUAUUCAUAAAUUAGAACUUUUGUCAAUUUGAGUAAUCACGAAGCAUAAUCUGAGGUCAGCACUGCACUUCUUAAAAGCAUCAUGAGAAAACUUAUCAAACCAAAGUAUAUCUAAUUAACACAAUAUCUAUGGCAAGAAAUUAGAUGUAAUUAUUUCAGAGCCUAUUUUUAUCUAUUACUCUCCUGAAUAUUUCAACGUUUCUAUGUAGCUUCUGAGGCUCUCUGUUUCACAGUAAAUGGAAAAAUUAUUGUUGUCUCUAUUUUUGAAAUUGUAACUCUUCACAAACAUGUAAAAACCAAGCUAAGCCUUAUAUUAGUAAUAUAUUAGUAUUAAGAUAUGCCAUUACUCCCUAUUAUUAAUGAAUAAAUUCACAAAAAUGAUGAAAUGUAUGAACUUUUUAAGAUGCCAGUCUAGCACACUUAAUAAAGCAAACUAAUCAGAAAGAAGAACUGAAGUUUAAUUGAGUACAAUACUACUACAACAUUGACAUUUAAAGUGAUAAAAACCCUCUAUCUGGUAUAAACACACCCACAUAAAAGCACACGGACACCCAUACUCUUAAAUUGGAACUACCCAAUGAGCACACGUGGAUACAGGGGGAAGUAAAACUCAGAGGAAAUCAAUCAGGAAGGAGUGGGGAGGACAGGAGAGGAAAUAAACCUAUAUAAGGGGUCUUCUGAGCACUAUUUAGGUGGUGGGCACACCUAUAACCAGGACUCAAGCAUUACAAAAGUCUAUGUAACUUAAAACAGUGACCCCUUAACAUUCCGAAAUAAAAAAAUAUAUAAAAUUAAAAAUAAGUAAAUUAAAAAAUAAAUCAAACUAAUCAUAAAGAGGAAUUAAAGUAUAAUUGGGUAUAUUAAAACAUUGACAUACAAAGUGAUAGCAAUUCUCCAUCAGUGUGAAAGCACUCGCAUGAACACAAGCACAGGUACACACACACUCUCAAUACUUUGCAACCUGAAUUAAUGGUUUAUAGAAAAAAGUUGGGAGGAAAUCCAAUAAAAUAGGUAAAAUUCUGUAUUUUUGUGUAGAGAUUAUAAGGGUCAGAGUUGUUAUUUAACUCUUUAACACAUCUUGGUAUUCUCUGAUAUUUCUAAUUUUAACAUAUACUCCUUUUGAACUAGGAAAAUCAUUUAUUUUAAAAGAUGUCUAAAGGGCAAGGCAAUUCAAGUUGAGAACUAUAGAGACCUCACUGGUCAUGAUUGCAACAUUGAAUAACAUUUUUACAAUUUUUGGCCGGAAGAACUUUUGAAAUUUCAAGAUUAAGAUUCCAAAAUGUGGGCGGCGCCUGUGGCUCAGUCGGUAGGGCGCCGGCCCCAUAUACCGAGGGUGGCGGGUUCAAACCCAGCCCCGGCCAAACUGCAACAAAAAAAAUAGCUGGGCAUUGUGGCGGGCGCCUGUGGUCCCAGCUACUCGGGAGGCUGAGGCAAGAGAAUCGCCCAAGCCCAGGAGUUGGGGGUUGCUGUGAGCUGUGUGAGGCCACGGCACUCUACCGAGGGCCAUAAAGUGAGACCCUGUCUCUACAAAAAAAAGAUUCCAAAAUGUAAUUUUGAUGUUCAAUCAUUGCAAACAGCAUUCAUUAGUUGAAAUUAUUUUUGGCCAGAAACAUUUUUAACUUCUAAAAGAAGUGACACUUUCAUGUGAAAACGAAGAUGUAAAUAAUAAGAUAAAAAUAUUUUAUCUUGACAACUUGUCUCUCAUUGCAAAAUAUCAAGUGCAAAAUAUCCGAAGGCUGUCCCUUUGUUAGGGAUCCUGAUUUAGAGAAAUUGAGUGUCCUGAGACAGUCAGAAAUUUCACAAAUUUAAAGAACAUUUGUUAUAAUUGGCAAGUUAUCUUUGUAGUUAAUGUAACAUUUAUGAAUAUGCAUAUAGGACAUUUGGGUCGCUAUAAAAAUUACCAUAAAUUGGAUGUCUUAUGAAAAACAGAAGUUUAUUUUACACAGUUGUAGAGACUGGCAAGUCCCAGAUAAAGAUACUACAUCUGAUUUGAUGUGUGGUGAGGGCUCUCCGAUUCCUUCUCACUACUCCCUCACAAUGUGGAAAGGGCAAACAAGUUCUAUGAGGUUUUAUUAGAAGGGCACUAAUAUGAUCCAGGAGGGUGAAAUCCUGGUAGGCUAAUUACCUAAAAAGGCCUCACUUUUUAGAGACACAACCACCAUGAUGAUUAGGAUGCAACAUACGAAAUUUAGAGGGAUACUAGUAUUCAGACCAUAGCAUAGCAUAAUGUUAGAAAAAGAUAUCCCAUGCAAAUGGAAACCAGAAGAAAAUAGGGGGUAGAUAUAUGUCAUUAGACCAAAUGAAAUUAAAGUCAAAAUUGUUAGAAGAGACAAAAUCAUAAAAUUUUAGUGUCAUGGAAAGUUAUUUUCAAAAAAUAACGAGAUGAUUAGUUCUUGGAUACAGUAUCUUCUAUAGUUCUCUUUCUGCUGACAUGUGAUAGGAAGAAAUAAACUGAUGUUGAUACAAUAUUUAGUAAAAUGAUAAAACAUGGUAUACAGACUGCACAUUGUGGAAACUUAAAAAAUUUUUUUUUUAUUUCAAAUAAUAAGGAGGAGCUGGAUAUGGUGGCUCACACCUGCAAUCUUAGCACGCUGGAAGGGAAGCAAUAAUUUGAGUGCGGGAAUUUGAGACUAGCCUGAGCAAGAACAAGACCUUGUUUCUAUUAAAAAUUGAAAAAUUAGCCAGGCUGGUGCCUGUAGUUCCAGCUACUGGGAAGGCUGAGCAGAAGGAUCACUUUAAACCAGGAGUUUGAGGUUGCUGUGAGCUAGGCUGAUGCCAUAGUACUCUUGGUCAGGGCAACAAAGUGAGGCUCUGAUUAAAAAACAAAAACAAAUUAAGGCUAAGUAUAAAUAUUGUUACAUGGCUUGAGUCAGGGCUAUAAAUGUGCUCUUCUUCAUCUGAAUAGUGUUCACUGUACAUAUAACGUAGGCUCCUCCCCACCCGCCGGGUGAUUUCCAAUGAUUUUUACUUUCCUCUGUGCACUUGUGUGCCCACUGGUUUGUCCCAAUUUGCCUGAGAGCACCUAUGGUGUUUGUUUUUCUGUUCCAGAGAUACUUGACUCUGGUGGGCAGUUCCUUCCAAAUUGCUGCAAAAGGCAUUAAUUCAACUUUUUUACAAAAUAUGUAUGCCAUUUUGUUAAUCCACUUAUGAAUUGAUGGGCACUUGGGUUGAUUCUAUAUCCUUGUUAUUGUGAAUUGUGCUGUGAUAAAUAUUUGAGUAAAGGUGUCUUUUUUGAUAAAA